AAAGCAUGUUACUCGAACUAUCAUCCCCUCAUUUUAUGAAAGGAUGACCUUGAAGAAUGUCAGCCAAGGUCCACCACGUCUCAACAGCUGCAGACUUCUCUGCUUCAAGUCAUCUUUAAAAAUAUGGAUUUGUUUAUUCAAAUACUGAUUUUUUUACAGCAAUUUAGCAUAUCUGAGGUUUAAAAAGUUGUGGGCUCUAUCACAACAAUGGAUGUGCAGAUAUUAUGUAAGAAACUGAUAUAUAAAAUUACCUUCUGCACAUACACCACUGAAUUACCAUCUGCUAUAAUACACUAUCCAAUUUGUGUUUUCAAUUAAAAAAACCCCUACUCUACCUAGCCCUUCCUACUAAUUUGAUUCAUGAGCUUCCCUUCUGCAUCUCUCUCAUUCCCCAUUCCUUUUCUGUGAUUGGUCGUAGCAGGGCUCAUGCCUAUUUUAUCUCUGAUUAAUCUGAUUAAGUAAGAACCUGGGAUUGUGAUGUCAGUGCAUUAGCAGAAAGAAGUAAUGCUUCCUGUAGGAAGGAUGGCAAUUUUGACCUUUUAGAAGCAGGUCAUGAUUUGACUGUGAGAUGAAAAUAGAGCAAGACAAGCUGCAGUGACAAUACCAACUCAUUCUCCGGUAGCAUAGUUCAAAGAAAGAUUAUGGCUCGUGGACUGCAGAUAAAAGAUGAAGAAAGUGGCUAUAACAAAAAUCUAUUUUGCAUUCCUAAGCAUUAUGAAGAAGAUUUAGAAAGAGUCUUCAUUCCUCAUGGACUCAUUCUGGACAGGACAGAACGCUUGGCUAGAGAUAUCAUGCAAGAUAUGGGAAGCCACCAUAUUGUUGCACUCUGUGUCCUUAAAGGAGGCUAUAAAUUCUUUGCUGAUUUGCUGGACCACAUAAAAGCACUAAAUCAAAAUGGUGAUAAAUCUGUGCCUAUUACUGUGGAUUUUGUUAGAAUAAAAAGCUACUGUAAUGAUUCACCUGCAGAAAAAAUCAGUAUUGUAGGCGAGGAAUUGUGUACACUAAAUGGGAAGAACGUGUUAGUAGUAGAGGACAUUAUUGAGACUGGUAGAACAAUGAAAGCACUACUUUCAAAACUCAAAGACAAUGAACCAAAGACGGUAAAAGUUGUCAGCCUGCUCGUUAAAAGGACACAUCGAAAUCCAGGUUACAGACCAGACUACAUAGGCUUUGAAAUUCCAGAUAAAUUUGUGGUUGGAUAUGCACUUGAUUACAAUGAAUACUUCAGAGAUCUAAACCACAUCUGCAUUCUGAAAGAGAAAGCCAAAGAGAAGUAUAGGAUCUGAUAACAUCAGUCUUCUGGAACACUAAAAUGUGUGGAUGAAUACUAAUAAGUAAUCUACUAACUGUGCUCUUUUCACUGAAGAACUACAUUUUCUUAAGAUACUAUUCCACAUAUUUUUCCUAGAAUAGUUAUGUAGAACAGUCUAAAGGUGAAUCAGUCCUAUCCAAGUUCCAGUGAAACCUCAACAGAACACUAGCUAUAAAAUGGGUAUUAUAGCCUGCUGGAAUCGCAGGGGGCACAGUUAGGACAUGUACACAUGUAUGCCAUUAUGUUUGGGUUUUAAUUUACUAUAUGAAGUAACACAUUACGCAUGUUGUAUAUAAACUGCACUAUUUUUACAUGUGAGCUUGUGUGUGCAAAUAUGUACACACAACUUUAUGCAACAAAUAGGCUGAAUAAGCAUUUAAGGACCUGAAGUUAAUUAAGUCAACUGCACAAAAUGCAUACAAUGUGGAAAACUCAUUUGCUUCUUUAAUGCAAUAAAAAAAGUAAACAUAGUAAACAAAUCUAAAAAGUAAACACUAAGGUAACUAGACUGAGAUUAGUUCUUGUACAUUCCAUUUAACCUGGGGUGUUGUGCCUUGUUUUUUGCUGGAUCACGUUUAUUGCACCUUUGUGGCGUCACUUGGAAUGCGGGUAACACUGAUUACCAGCUGUUAUGACCAGAUGACAAACCAAUACAGCAGGAAACUACUUCUGCUACUUGUGCAUCCUUAACGAGAAUUGGAAGUUCGAUUUUACUGUCCAGAAACUGCACCAGGCUGGAGGCAGUCUCUGACACUGUUUCCUACUCAAUGAUUAAAUGUACUAAAUGAUUAAAAUAAGCUUCAAGACCUUGGUUUGUUUUGGUUUUAUUCCAUUGUGAAUUAAGAGCACUGA